AUGGUGGAUCACAGCCUCCUUCCCUCUGGUCCACAGGAGAACGUGUCUCUGGCGGACAUCCUGUCUCUGCGGGACUCGUGCCUGCAGGAGGACGAGGUGUGGGCCGUGUGUGUGGAGUGUGGCCUGGCCCUGCAGAGCAUCAGCCAGACCCAGCUCUUCCACUCGCUGUGCAUCACCCCCGACACGCUCGCCUUCAACGCCCAUGGCAACGUGUGCUUCAUGGAGCAGCUCAGCGAUGACCCCGAGGGCAGCUUCGUCCCUCCGGAGUUCGACAGCACCGGCAGCACGUCUGAGCUUCUCUAUCCCACUACUGUCCCUGUGCUUCUCUAUCCCACUAUCCCUGGCUUCUCUAUCCCACUACUGUCCCUGUGCUUCUCUAUCCCACUACUGUCCCUGUGCUUCUCUAUCCCACUACUGUCCCUGAGCUUCUCUAUCCCACUACUGUCCCUGUGCUUCUCUAUCCCACUACUGUCCUUGUGGUUCACUAUCCCACUACUGUCCCUGAGCUUCUCUAUCCCACUACUGUCCCUGUGCUUCUCUCUCCCACUACUGUCCCUGUGCUUCUCUAUCCCACUACUGUCCCUGAGCUACUCUAUCCCACUAUUGUCCCUGUGCUUCUCUAUCCCACUACUGUCCCUCUGCUUCUCUAUCCCACUACUGUCCCUGAGCUUCUCUAUCCCACUACUGUCCCUGUGCUUCUCUAUCGCACUACUGUCCCUGUGCUUCUCUAUCCCACUACUGCCCCUGAGCUUCUCUAUCCCACUACUGUCCCUGAGCUUCUCUAUCCCACUACUGUCCCUGAGCUUCUCUAUCUCACUACUGUCCCUGAGCUUCUCUAUCCCACUACUGUCCCUGUGCUUCUCUAUCCCACUACUGUCCCUGUGCUUCUCUAUCCCACUACUGUCCUUGUGCUUCUCUAUCCCACUACUGUCCCUCUGCUUCUCUAUCCCACUACUGUCCCUGAGCUUCUCUAUCCCACUACUGUCCCUGUGCUUCUCUAUCCCACUACUGUCCCUGUGCUUCUCUAUCCCACUACUGUCCCUGAGCUUCUCUAUCCCACUACUGUCCCUGAGCUUCUCUAUCCCACUACUGUCCCUGUGCUUCUCUAUCCCACUACUGUCCCUGUGCUUCUCUAUCCCACUACUGUCCCUGAGCUACUCUAUCCCACUACUGUUCCUGAGCUUCUCUAUCCCACUACUGUCCCUGUGCUUCUCUAUCCCACUACUGUCCCUGAGCUACUCUAUCCCACUACUAUCCCUGUGCUUCUCUAUCCCACUACUGUCCCUGUGCUUCUCUAUCCCACUACUGUCCCUGAGCUUCUCUAUCCCACUACUGUCCCUGAGCUUCUCUAUCCCACUACUGUCCCUGUGCUUCUCUAUCCCACUACUGUCCCUGAGCUUCUCUAUCCCACUACUGUCCCCGAGCUUCACUAUCCCACUACUAUCCCUGUGCUUCUCUAUCCCACUACUGUCCCUGUGCUUCUCUAUCCCACUACUGUCCCUGAGCUUCUCUAUCCCACUACUGUCCCUGUGCUUCUCUAUCCCACUACUAUCCCUGUGCUUCUCUAUCCCACUACUGUCCCUGUGCUUCUCUAUCCCACUACUGUCCCUGAGCUUCUCUAUCCCACUACUGUCCCUGUGCUUCUCUAUCCCACUACUGUCCUUGUGGUUCACUAUCCCACUACUGUCCCUGAGCUUCUCUAUCCCACUACUGUCCCUGUGCUUCUCUCUCCCACUACUGUCCCUGUGCUUCUCUAUCCCACUACUGUCCCUGAGCUACUCUAUCCCACUAUUGUCCCUGUGCUUCUCUAUCCCACUACUGUCCCUGUGCCUCUCUAUGCCACUACUGUCCCUGUGCUUCUCUAUCCCACUACUGUCCCUCUGCUUCUCUAUCCCACUACUGUCCCUGAGCUACUCUAUCCCACUAUUGUCCCUGUGCUUCUCUAUCCCACUACUGUCCCUGUGCUUCUCUAUCCCACUACUUUCCCUGAGCUUCUCUAUGCCACUACUGUCCCUGUGCUUCUCUAUCCCACUACUGUCCCUCUGCUUCUCUAUCCCACUACUGUCCCUGAGCUACGCUAUCCCACUACUGUCCCUGUGCUUCUCUAUCCCACUACUGUGA